AUGAUUAGAGACGCUAUCGUGUUCGGUACUCGGGAUCACAAGGUACGUGAAAAAUGCAUUGGUGAGGGUUCAGACUUGACCCUGGAGAAAGCUAUGAACUUAGCGCGUACAUGUGAAAUUUCUAAGCAGCAAAUACAGUUUAUGGAAGACAAAUCGGUACAUGGAUUAUCGAAAGGUAGGACUCCCCCAAACCGGAACUCAGCACCGACUAAAAGCGAAAGUGAAAGUAAGAAACCGAUAGUGAAAGACUGUAAAUAUUGUGGCCAAACUCACGAGUUUAAACGAUGCCCCGCAUAUGGUGAAACGUGUAGAAAGUGUGAAAAUCCAAACCACUUUGCAGUUAAGUGUCACUCAGGAAAAAAGCGUGCUGUCACUAGUUCAAAGAAAACCAAUAGAUCAAAGACAAUGCAUGCAGUAGACACAUCAGAUGAGGAAUUCUUUAUUGGUUCAGUGAAUGUCAAUGGUGAAAAUCAUGAUGUAGAAUGGUAUGAAACAGUGAAGGUGAAGGACACUAAUAUUCACUUCCAACUUGACACCGGAGCAAAGUGUAACGUUUUGUCAUCAGCUGAUCUCAAGAAAAUAGACAAAAACUUGAAAGUUACACCAACCUUUUCACCACUGAAGUCGUUCUCUGGACACUACAUUCGUUGUGCUGGUACUGUUAUACUACCCUGUGUAUGGAAGGAUGCAAUGCUGCCAUAUGUGAAAUUCUACAUUAUCGACCAAACGGUGAACCCUGUUCUGGGAGCUGACACAUGUUCUAAGCUUGGACUCGUUCAGCGAAUACACAGCAGUGAGAGGAAAAACCGUACUGUACCACAUGGCAUUCCCCAGGAUUAUCAGGACUUAUUCAGUGGACUUGGAUGCUUACCAGGCACUUACUCAAUUAAGGUGGAUGAAAACAUUCAGCCAGUGAUACAUCCUCCAUGCAAGAUUCCCAUAGCCUUGAAGGACAAGGUCAAGGAAGAGCUCGACAGAAUGGAGCGUGAAGGAGUGAUUGUGAAGCAACGCGAGCCGACGAAAUGGGUCAACUCCAUGGUAACCGUUACAAAGCCGAAUGGAAAGAUCAGGAUUUGCAUUGAUCCUCCUGACCUAAACCGUGCCAUACUUCGGGAACAUUUUCCCUUAAAAUCUGUUGAAGAAGUUGCAGCUAGGAUGCCUAGAGCCAAGAUUUUCAGCAAAUUAGAUGCUACCUCUGGAUUUUGGCAGACCAAACUAGAUGACGAGAGUUCUAAACUCUGCACAUUUAAUUCUAUGUUUGGACCUUAUCGAUUCACUCGAAUGCCCUUCGGAAUCAAGUCCGCACCUGAAGUGUUUCAAGGUGCCAUAUCCGAAAUGAUUCAGGAUCUCGAUGGAACAGAGGCGAUUAUUGAUGAUAUCAUUGUAUGGGUAACCACAGAAGCUGAACGUGUCAGACGUUUGAAAGCCUUACUGGGUCGAGCAAGACAACAUAACUUGAAGCUCAGCAUGGACAAGUUCGAGAUCAGACGCUCAGGGCUGACGUACGUGGGACACAGAUUUACUGACUCGGGUCUGAAACCCGAUCCCGAAAAAGUCCGUGCUGUACUGGAAAUGGACCGUCCCAAUCAUGUGAAAGACUUACAUUUAUGGGCUUUAUUCAAUACUUAG